AUGGCCGUUUGCUCGGCGGCGGCGUCAUGGCAGCUGAAUCUCGGUCUGGUCCGUUAUGUUCCGUUGAACUGCUUGCACUGUUGGGACGUCUCCACUUUCGACAGGACAGCAAUCGAGGCAACGUCCACAGAUGUCUCGAGCGACGAUUCGCAACGUAGGGACGAGGAUUUCUUGGCUCGCCUACGUGGCCUCGCCAAAGAGGCACUGACAUGGCCACAUCUCACGGAGGAAUUGAGGUUGAUGUGGACUGUGGUACUGAAGACGGACACCGUGCCGCUUCAGGAGUUGCCUCCAUGGUUCCUGGAGCGACAGAACCUCUCACGCCGCAGUAUGGGCAUUGACCUCAUCAGCCUUGAUGGACAGCAAGCGGUGCUGUGUCGCAGCGCGAGCGUCAAUUCCUCUGUACUUCACCGUGACAUCAAGCGUUUUUUGCGCACUGCCAGAUGGGUCUGCAAGGCCUGA